ACAAAUUACAAACGCUUAGUAAGCUAAGAUUUAUUUGCUGGAUUGAAGAGCAUUAUACUAGGAUUAAACAAGAUUUAAAAGAGAUUUCUCUGCCUUUCAAAGAAUUUUAUAUCAUACUAACAACAUACCAACAGGACAGCCCUUCCUUGACUUUCUGGCAAUCCCCACAUAAGUUUGUGAGAAACAUGUCCGUUUUAUCGAAUUUAACACAAACAUUGGAAGAUGCUUUCAAAAAGAUUUUUAUUACUUAUAUGGACAACUGGCGCAGCAACACAACGGCAGAACAAGAGGCUCUCCAGGCCAAAGUCAAUGCUGAGAAUUUCUACUACGUCAUCUUGUACCUCAUGGUGAUGAUUGGUAUGUUCUCUUUCAUUAUUGUGGCCAUCCUGGUGAGCACAGUGAAAUCCAAGAGGCAGGAGCACUCUAAUGACCCAUACCAUCAGUACAUUGUGGACGACUGGCGUGAAAAAUACAAAAGUCAAAUUAUGAGUCUAGAAGAUGCCAAAGCUACCAUUCAUGAAAAUGUUGAUGCGACAGCAUACAAAAUGUCUCCCUGAUGAUUGGGAAAAGUUCAGUCAGAAGACAUGAAGCGAUUGUCUGCCCCCUCUCUGCAUACCUAUACAUGCCUAUGUAUUCUUUUAUAGGCGCAUAUACACAUGUGUGUUUAGUACACUGUAUAUGUAUUAUUCUAAGCAAAUGCUUAUUUGUAUUAGUAUUUUAGCUAAGUAAGCAGCAUGAGGAUGUGCAUGUGUAUAUGUGUGUGCAUGUAUACAUAUAUGCAUGUGUGUAUAUUCCAAAGAUAAAAGGAGUGAAACAAAUUGAUGGCUUGUUUGAGAGAAAUUAAGUUCUUUCCUUUCUGAUGAAACCUCUAGAGCAAGUCAGAUAAUAAGCCAAUGAAAUGGAGUAGUAUCUUAAACUAUGUUACUCAUAUUUAACAUAGUAUUUUAUGUUAUAUACACUCUUUAUUCUUUAAGCACUGUAAAUUUCCUUUUCCAAAAAACAAUAAAGUCAAAUUUUGAAGCGAAAAGUUUUGUAUAUGUGGGUUUUUUUGUUUUGUGUGUGUUUAUGGUAAUAUUUCUCUUUUUUGGCAUUUAAGUUCAGCAUUAAACAAAAAAUAAGCAAAGUCACAGCUGGCCCCACAAACUCAGCAAGAAUGGUUACAAAAAC